AUGUGAGGUUAAGUAAUGAUUUUGACAAUAAUCUGCCACAAAAGCACAGAAUAUUUACGAACAGUCUGUCCCGAACCUUUCGGCACUGACGUCAUUAUUUGCUUUUAUGUCCCGUGUGGAUAAAAUAAAUUUUUGUUGAAUCAGAUUAUUGUUAUGUCAAUUUAUGGCUUUUAGAGAAGUUUUAAAAAAUACUUUGACUUCAUCGUUGAUAAAUUAAACAGUCGUCAUUAGCUUUGCUUGAAGCAAUAUAAAAUGUUUAUUAAUCUCAAGAAAUACUACUAUUUACGACAGCAGUUGACAACGUGGCAUUUAAAUUAGUUGAAGUUGUACAAUUUAAAUUAAAUUUGCUCAAUGACAUAUUAAAAACAUAAAACUUUUGUCUCGCUCUGUGAACAAUUAGUAGAUAAUAAUAAAUACUUCCCAUACGUCGAUAUUCUUUGCUUUAGCUGAUUGUCAGUAUUGACAAUGUCAUUGGUCACUGAAAAGGUAAAUAAACAGUGGACUUCGUCACUGUCACUUUUUACUUGUCUUUAUCUAUGGACUUUCUGUGAUUUAGAUUGUGAUAUUAACAGUAAAUAGUAUAUUGUGAACAUUUCCGGCGAUUGUGAGAGGUUCAGUUGUGAUUGUGCCCCGUUUCCACCAUGCAUGAAGCCUAUCAAGUGCACCCAUUGACCAAAUUGUCCCAUCAGGUCGAGUCGAUAGCAGCUUAUGGGGAAAAACUGUUGGUUGGAACUCGACAGGGUCACCUUUUCAUGUACAGUUUGGAGACGAAAGAACCGAGAUGUGAGCUCACGUUGAUGAGAUACAACAAGACAUUCAGUAAAUCCAAAGUACAACAACUGGAAGUAAUUCCUAAGCACGAUUUGCUUUUGAGUUUAACUGAAAAUAUUGUGCAGCUUCACAAUAUUAACGACAUCAGUUUUACCACUUUGGACACUAUUCAUAAUAGCAAGGGGGCCACAUUUUUCGCUGUAAACAUUGAGGAAAAAACGUCGAUCACUGGCAAUACUCAGUACGUAAUCCGGCUGGCAAUAGCAGUUAAAAGAAAGAUACAGUUGUAUUUUUUGAAAAACAACCAAUUCCUUCAGCUAGCCAACGAUAUAUCGCUGAAUGAUAUUCCGAAGGCAAUGGUUUGGCGGCAAGAUGUGAUUUGCUUGGGAUAUAGAGACGAAUACACGUUACUUAAACUUGAUGGGCAAAAAACCGACUUAUUCAACACCAGCAGCUCAAAAGCGGCGGAUCCAUGCAUUUUGCCCAUAUCUGAGUCGCAUUUUGCCCUGUGCCGAGAAAACCAGACAAUCCUGGUGAAUACAUUAGGAGAAACUGAGAAAAAGCAGACCCUGAAAUGGUCGGAGCCUCCAGUUCUACUCGCCUAUGAUGCUCCUUACACAUUAGGAAUAUUAACCGACUGCAUCGAGGUUUGCUCGUUAGAUCCCAGCAUGUCGGUGCAAACGUUGCCGGAUAUGCCGAAAGUGCGUUUCUUGGUCCAGGCUCAACAGGGCACUCUUUUCGCCGCCUCUCUUUCCCAGAUCUGGUGCCUGAGGAUGGUGGAUAUUGCCAAACAACGCGAACUGCUCCUCAACGCAAAGGAAUUCCGAUUGGCUCUUAACCUAAUCCAAAUUUCAGACGAUUCAGAGGAGGAAAAGCAGCGGAAAAUCCAUCAAAUCCAAACUUUGUUGGCCUACGAUUUGUUUGCCAAGAAGCAAUUCGCUGAAAGUAUGAAGGAAUUUCUGAAGUUGGGAACCGACCCGCAUGAUGUAAUCAGGCUCUAUCCGGACAUGUUGCCUCAAACUCAGCAAGAAGAAGAGGGGUCUACCAGUAGGGAUCUCAACGAGAAAGAGGUUUUAGAAAGCAUUGCAGCUCUCAGCGACUAUUUAACUGAUAUGCGAAACCGCGUGUCGGACUCCAAGUCGGUGGCCAAUUCAAUAAACAGCCAGAGCAGCCGAAAUAGCAACUCUGCUCACCAACUGCUGCAAAUUAUAGACACCAUUCUAGUAAAAUGCUAUUUGCAAACGAACGACGCGAUGGUGCCGCUGAUUUUGCGCCAGAAUUAUUGUCUUCUCACUGAGACUGAACGGGUUUUGAAGAAAAUGGCAAAGCACAAUGAUCUGAUUAUUCUAUAUCAGAUUAAAGGCCAGCACCGCAAGGCCUUGGAGCUGCUUCAAACUGAAAAGAGCAUCGAAGGAGAGAGUGUGGAGAAAACCGUGAAAUAUCUGCAGAAACUUGGGUCAGAAAAUAUGGGGCUUAUUUUGCAGUUUUCUGACUGGGUGCUGAAGAAGGAACCCGAGAAGGGCUUAAAGAUAUUCACUGAAGAUUUGCCUGAAGUAGAAAAGCUGCCGCGGCCACGAAUUCUGGACACUUUGCUUAAAGAGCAUCCCCAUUUGGCUAUUCCCUAUCUGGAGCACAUCAUCCACAAUUGGAAAGAGGAAAAUCCUUUGUUCCACAACGCGCUCAUCCAUCAGUACCGGGAGAAAAUACUGAAGGAUGGAGCGGCAAACUCUGAGCACACCAGGAGGAAACUCGUUUCGUUUCUGGAAAAAAGCUCCCAAUAUACAGCGGAGAAUGUAUUGAAGGACUUUCCAGUUAAUAACUUGAUUGAGGAGCGCGCUUUGAUAUUAGGAAGACUGGGAAAACACGACCAAGCCAUUGCUCUGUAUGUGAGAGCUUUGGGCGAUAUUGACAAAGCUAAAGAGUAUUGCGAGCAAAUCUUCGCAAAAAAGGGACCAGGAAGCCAAAACGUCUACGUAUGUUUAAUCAAGCUGAUCCUCAAUGCAGACACUUCCCAUUUAGCUCUGGAGGGAGUCACUCUAUCUCCCAAAACCCUCCAACCGGACGUGGAAUUGGCGUUGCAACUUCUGGAGGAAAACUGCUUCAAAGUGGAUCCUCUGGAAAUGCUGGCCGCACUUCCCGAUGAAAUUCCAGUUUCCAGAAUUCAGAAGUUUCUUUCGGUGUCUUUGCGGGCAGUUUUACAAGAGCGGCGACGCGAGGAAUUGUCGAAAGGUCUGCUCUAUGCGGAACAUUUGCAAUGCCAGGAAAUGAAGUUGAAGCUGCAGAGCAAACACGUCCUGAUAACCGAGAUGAAUGUCUGUCCUGUUUGCAAAAAGCGCUUUUCCAAUCAAGCGGCUCUUAUCUGGUAUCCAAAUGGCGAUGUUGUGCACUUUGCCUGCCACAAGGAGAAAUAGGCGCCAGAGCGUUAGUAAUGUUUAAAACAGUGAUAUGUUUUAUCAAAGAUAGGGUCUACAUCUUUUAGUAAUAAUAAUAAUGGACUAAAUGCUUGAUUGUUUCAACGAGUAGCUCACUUUUAUAGUUUUUUUUCUUUAAUUUGAGAUUUGGGAUAUUUUAGGGGAGUUUAAGAUAUUUACUAUUCACCCCUUAUUGUCUUGGGGCUCUAAUCCAUGUCAUAUAAAUUUUGUAUAAGUUUAGAGCCUAGUUAUUUGUAUUGUAACACAUUGUAUUGGUCUUUAUUUAAUAUAUGAAUACAUCUAUU